AUGUUCCUACCGCAUUCAAACCCAGCUUAUCUCUCUCACUUCCAACCCAUCAGUCCACCAGCAAAGCUGCUCACGGCUAUAGAAGCGCUUUCUACCUCCAGCUCUCAGAGUUUUCUAGCCACAACUACCAUGUCUACUCCAACUUCCACUCCCGCGAGUGGCACCGCUGGUGCGGAUGCAAGCGCCGAGGCCUCCACCGCGCAGGAGUUUCAGCCCGAUACCAACCACGUGGUGUUCAAGCACUUUCGCGUCCCCAUCCGCGAGGGCGUGCGCCUCUGCAAUGCUGCUCCUUCAACGGCCCGCAACGAAAUCCGUGCUUUUUACGAGAAGAAGCAUUCCUCUCGCGACUUCAAGCGGCAAGCGGAGGAGUUCGCCCUGGAGGCUGUUUCUGGACGCGCGAAACAAGCCCGCAUCAGCGACACCUAUGGCGACGCGGCUGCUUGCGCGAAGACAGAUGCGGACGACGCCAUCUGCCUUUUGUGGGCCGGCCUGCGCCUCCCGGAGCACCACGCGGACCACGUUUUGUGGCGGAACGCUGUCCGUUGCAUCAACAACGCGCCAAAAGGUUACGUUCCCCCUCGUCGCCGCUACGUCGGAGGUGCGGGAUUGCAGAAGACCCGCAAGAGGAUUGAGCAAGGCCUUUCCCCGAUCGUCGCCAGCUGGAAGCGUGACGGUGUCACGCUCUCGUCCGACAUCAUGACCGACAAGAAUGGCCGCCCCCAGGCCAACGUCUUGCUCAUCAACGACUACGGCGCGGUCUUCACCAAGAGCGUCGAUUGCAAGCUGGAGCAGAAGACGGGGUCCUACAUCGCCAGCGUCCUCCGCCCCAUUGUGAAGAAAGUCGGCCCCGAGCACGUGGUGUCUCUCUGCGUGGACGGCGGGAGCAAUUACGCAAGCGCCUUCAAGGAGUUGGCGCUUGAGUGGCCCCACAUUGAGUUCGUGCCGUGCGCGACGCACGUCAUGGACCUGCUCAUGGAGGAUGUGGGGCGGAUGGAUUGGGCAAAGAACGUCGUGGAGCGGGCCAACGAGAUCAUCACCUACGUGCGUAGCCAUCACUUCACCCGCGGGUACCUGAGGAGCCCGCAAGUGCAGGGGGGAAAAGGGAAGCAAGUGCUGAAGCCGGCGGGCACAAGGUUUGGCACGCAGUUUAUUGCUGUUUCUCGGCUUUGUGAGGUGCGGGUCUCUCUCGUGCAGAUGGUGCUGAGCGAGGAUUGGGUGGAGUUUGCGAAAACAAGGAAAGAAGGCGCCGCCAGCUUCAAGUCCAACAUCAUGGAUGACCCGUGGUGGAAGAAGGCUUCUUACUUCAGCGCAUUGUUGAAGCUGCCGUUCGUCGUGAUGCGCGCCACCGACUCAACCAAGAAAGGCAUGAUGGGGCGCAUCUACGACAUGAUGCUUCAACUCACUGAAGAUGUGAACGCCAAGCUUGAAGAGGCGGACGAGGUGCUGACCCGGGCUGACAAGACGGAGAUUACCAAGAUCGUGGGCCGCCGCUGGGAUGGGAGUAUGGCAUGUGCCAUGCAUGUUGUGGGGCGGAUCCUGAACCCCCUCACUCAACCAAGUAUCUUCCGCAGCGACUUGGAGUGCACCCGCAUCUUCAAGUCUUACAUCAACCGCCACUACGACGGCAUCACCAUCACGCGGAAGGAUGGUGAGGAGCGCCGGGCCGCCCAUGUCCUGCAGGAGGGGCUGGAGGCAUUCAUGACGCUUCAGGGAAGUUUCGGCCUGCCUGAGGCGAUUUCUGACCGUGAGCUCGUCAAGGCAGGGAAGAAGACCAUAGUCCAGUGGUGGACCUUGCACGGCACCGACAACCCAGAGCUGACUGCCCUGGCUUGCCGGGUCCUCUCCCAGCCCGUUUCCGCCGCUGCAUGCGAGCGGAAUUGGGCUAUGUGGGACGCUGUCCACACCGCACGGCGCAACAGGUUGGGGUCUGAAAAAUGCCGCGACCUAGUGUUUGUUGCGCACAAUUGGAACAUUGUGCACAACUGGCACAAGGCCGAGGAGGGGAUGGAGGCAUUGCCGGGGAACAUUCCGGAGCCUCCCAUCCCUGAGGGGUACAAGGAAGAUCGGGAGGAGGAGGUGGAGGAGGGGGAGGAUGACGUGAUGCAGGAUGAGUAUGUUGAGUAG